AAACCACACCAUCCAUUCUAAGCCUCAAUAUUGAUAGUCAACUCUCCUAUCCAACGUGAAAUUUGUUAUGCUUUAAAGUUUAAACCGCCUUAACCUCAUAAAAUAAGCUAUAUAUAUGUGCUUUUCUAAUCUUCCUACUUGGUUUCUAACCUGCCUAAACUUUGUGUUUUAGCAUUGCUAGAUUGCCAGCAAAAAGAGUGAACAAAAAAAAGGAUGGCGGCGGAUCAUUUCAGUGGUGUUGGUUGUGCCUGGAGAGAGAUGCAGAGCUUCGGGUUGAACCUGAUUGUUGGACGUUGGUUCAUGGUCUUUGCUUCACUGCUUAUCAUGUCCGUGUCAGGUGCAACAUAUAUGUUUGGUCUAUAUUCAACUGUUAUUAAAUCAUCUUUGGGGUAUGAUCAAACUACUCUCAAUCUGCUAAGCUUUUCCAAGGACUUGGGUGGCAACGUUGGGGUCCUAUCAGGGCUCAUCAACGAGGUAACACCUCCGUGGGUGGUUCUCUUGAUUGGGUCAGUCAUGAAUUUCUUUGGGUAUUUCAUGAUAUGGCUUGCUGUCACCGGCCGCACUGCCAAACCCCAUGUGUGGCAAAUGUGUGUAUACAUCUGCUUAGGUGCAAAUUCACAAGCCUUUGCCAACACCGGGGCUCUUGUCACUUGUGUCAAAAACUUCCCUGAAAGCAGGGGAAGUGUUUUAGGCCUGCUGAAAUCUUAUGUUGGUCUGAGUGGUGCAAUCCUGACACAGCUAUACCAUGCUUUCUAUGGAGAAAACUCAAAGUCUCUUAUCUUGCUGAUCGCUUGGCUUCCUGCUGCUGUUUCCUUCGUCUUUCUUCGAACGAUUCGGAUUAUAAAGAUUGUUCGCCAGACAAACGAGCUCAGAGUUUUCUAUAAUAUGUUUUAUAUUUCUCUUGCCCUUGCUGGUUUCCUUAUGGUUUUAAUUGUCAUACAAAACAGACUAAGUUUUAAUAGAAUUGAGUAUGUUGGAAGUGCUUCUCUUGUUACUUUAUUACUGCUCUUUCCACUCACUGUUGUUGUCAGAGAGGACUUCAAAAUUUGGAGAAGAAAGAAACAAGCCUUGAAUGAUGUUUCUCAGAUGAAAGUAGUAACAGAAAAUCCACCAACUGUUGAAUUAGCACCACAAACAAUGGCAGUAGAGUCACUGCAGCCGCAACCAGCCGGAGAUCCAAAAAGUCCAGAUCAGAAACAUGUUGCUUGCAUGGAAAACAUCUUCAAGCCACCAGACAGAGGUGAAGACUACACUAUAUUGCAAGCACUUUUUAGCAUUGACAUGUUGAUUCUCUUCAUUGCAACAACAUGCGGUGUUGGAGGAACAUUGACAGCUAUCGACAACUUGGGGCAGAUUGGUAACUCACUGGGCUACCCAAGUCGUAGUAUAACCACUUUUGUAUCACUUGUGAGCAUAUGGAAUUACCUUGGACGAGCAGUGGCUGGUUUUUUUUCUGAGUACUUAUUGACAAAAUACAAGAUACCGAGGCCAUUGCUGUUCACUUCCGUGAUUCUCUUUUCUUGUGUUGGCCAUCUUUUGAUCGCCUUUGCAGUCCCAAAUUCCCUCUACUUUGCCUCAGUUAUAAUCGGAUUCUGCUUUGGAGCACAAUGGCCAUUAAUGUAUGCCAUCAUCUCUGAAAUUUUUGGCCUUAAAUACUACUCCACAUUGUACAAUUUUGGUGCUGUGGCUAGUCCAGUUGGAUCUUACAUUCUAAAUGUUAGAGUUGCGGGUCAUUUAUAUGAUAAAGAGGCUUUGAAGCAAAUGAAAGCUUUGGGUCGUACAAGGAAACCAGGGGAGGACUUGACUUGCACUGGAGGGCAGUGUUACAGGAUGGCUUUUAUUAUAAUCAUAGCCACCACAUUGUUUGGAUUCCUUGUUUCUUGUAUUUUGGUUCUUCGGACGCGAAAGUUUUACAAAAGUGACAUCUACAAAAAAUUCAGGGAGGAAGCGGAGGCUGCCGAAACAGACAUGGCUUCGACUUCAAAACAAGUUGAACCCAAAGCUCCUACAGAUGCUGGAACCACCACAGCAACUACCUCAGCCAACUAGCCAGAAUUUACUAACAAUUUACGUGAGAAAAUGGGGACUGAAUACACUCAACUCAGCUUGUAUUAUUGUAUUUUCCUCUCUUUUUUCCCUGUAAUUAUGGGAAGCAUACCCUUUGCAAGAUCCAAGGUUCAAGCUGGCACUUGCAAGAAGUCCUUCCCCAAAAAGGAGCCUUUGUGCAGUAAGUCUUAAGACUUGUGGCCACUUGCAAUGAUUCAUAAAUAUGACAUGAUAUGAUAUGAUGUAUUUUAGUUUUUUUUUUUCUUAUUUCUCAUUUAUUGCAGUCUCCUCACACAAUAAGACAGAAGGUAGACGAUAUAUGGCUCCAAAUCCCCUCACUCUCCUCCUCAAUAUACGGUAAAAGAAAUAAUUUCUGAA